AUGCUGAAAUUGCCUCAGGAAUUAAUUACGGCCGUACUGGACCGACUUGAGCCCGAGGAGCUGAUCACGCUUCAUCGUACGACUAAGGAAUUUAGGCAACGAAUUGGUCGUCGUGGCUUUUUGCCGGGCCGCGUUCAAGCCCUACACAUCCAUGGCCGGACCGUCGCGAAAGUGAAAAAGAAUGAAAAGGUGGUGCUGAAAACGUGCGAGUUCGGGGUGGAGAGCCGUGAGGGGACGCUGAUAUUGGCCAACAAUCACCACAACGGGAUUUUUCAUCUACUCGGCAAAACG